AUGGCGACCGUCGUCGGCAUCGUCAUCCUGCUUUUCCUACUCGAACCGUUCCUGGCGGCCGUCGAUGUAUUCUGUGACAAUCUUAAGGUCGUGGCCGCGAGCCUCCCCAAGAACAUCUCUUCUUCCCCGGUACACUUCGCUACCGCCACCUUCGGCCAAUCCCCCGACGUGGUCUACGCGCUCGCGCUCUGCCGUGACGACCUCCUCAACGACACCGCCAGCGGCGAGUGCGUCACUAACACGUUCAAACUAACGCCACCGCCGCCGCAGCGGUGUUACCGCACCGCCCUCUACUCCGUGGGCGCCUACUUCACCGUCAACCCCUGUGUCCUUGCCUACUCCGUCGACAACAUCCUCGCGCCCGGCAACGGCGACGACAUGUUCUUGGAGUUUUGGACCACCAAAAACGUCACCGGCGACGUCCGCCUCAUCACCGGCCUUAUCCACGAGCUGCUCGUGGCGACUGUGGAAAAGGCGGCCAGCAUGGAGCUGACGCGGUUCGCCAUGGGAGUCGUGGACAGUCGCACCACCUUCCCGUUGGUGUAUUCCCUGGCACAGUGCACGCCGGACCUGUCCGCCGGCGACUGCUUGGCGUGCCUGCGUCGUCUCCUCAGGAGGAUCAACUCCACCACGUCCCAGUUUAUCGGAGGGCAGAUGUAUGACAUACGGUGUAACUUCAGGUAUGAGUCGUUUUCGUUCUACGGUGGGGAGCCAAUGUUGCAUCUUGGGCCGUCAUUGGCGCCUGCAGGAGCUCCGACUCCGACCAACAAGAGACGUAUCAGCAAGCCGUGGGUAAUUCCCAUAGUUGUGGUGCCUCUAGCAGUAGCAACGUUUCUCCGCUUCAUGUUUUAUUCUCGUUGGGUCAAAGGUAUGGUAAUUUCCUUACAGGGGCCGCGGCGUGCUCAGGAUAUGGAGGGAGAGAAACAACUAGUUUGGCAUGGGAAGAAUUCAGAGUUCUCCAUGUACGAUUACGAACAGGUACAAGACGCCACAAAUAAUUUUUCAGACGGAAACAAACUUGGACUAGGUGGCUUUGGCACUGUCUACAAGGGCCAGUUUCGUGAGGGAUUGGAGAUAGCAGUAAAGAGACUGGCUUCACAUUCAGGACAAGGUUUCAUAGAGUUCAAAAAUGAAGUCCAACUCAUAGCCAAACUGCAGCACACGAAUUUGGUUAGGCUCUUGGGAUGUUGCUCUCAAGAAGAUGAGAAAAUAUUGAUAUAUGAGUACUUGCCAAACAAAAGCUUGGAUUUCUUCAUCUUUGAUGAAAAUAAAAGAGCUUUGUUGGAUUGGUCCCAACUUGUAGCAAUAAUCGAAGGAGUGGCACAUGGACUUCUUUACUUACAUAAGCACUCCCAGUUGCGUGUCAUACAUAGAGAUCUUAAGACAAGCAACAUUCUCUUGGACAGUGAGAUGAAUCCAAAAAUUUCAGAUUUCGGGCUAGCAAAAAUAUUUGACUCAAAUAAGCCAGAAGGGAACAAUACAAGGAGAGUGGUUGGCACAUAUGGCUAUAUGGCUCCUGAGUAUGCUGCAGAAGGUAUCUUAUCUAUUAAAUCCGAUGUCUUCAGCUUUGGUGUUGUCGUUCUUGAGAUCCUUAGCGGAAAGCGGAAUUCUGGUAGCAAACAGUGUGGAGAUUUCAUCAAUCUUCUUGGAUAUGCAUGGCAAUUAUGGGAAGAGGAAAGAUGGAUUGAUCUCAUCCAUGUGUCAUUGGUUCCUGAGAGUCACUCAACAAAGCUGAUGAGGUGCAUGAAUAUAGCAUUGCUUUGUGUACAAGAGAAUGUAGCUGAUCGACCAACCAUGCCAGAUAUUGUUGGAAUGCUAAGCAGUGAGACAAUGAUCAUAACUCAGCCUAAGCAACCAGCAUAUUUCAAUGUAAGGGUUGGAAAUGAAGAGGCCCUGACUCCACUUGAGUCAUGCAGUAUUAAUGAUAUGAUAGUCAUGUCAUGUGUUUUUUACUGCCCGGUGAAGUAUUCAUGA